AUGUCAUCCAAAACCCUGAGUAAUGGCACCCUGAGCCUGCGGUUCAUGCAGCGAGCGAAGCUCGUCCAGCAAGCCGAAGCUGAGAAAGCGGAAGUAAAAGACGACUCGCAAUGGGAGAUAUCGAGCAAAGUCAAACAGGCAUGGGGCUUGAGCUCGGGAACGUCACAAGUGUCUGAAGUAGCAUACGAAUCCUCUUAUCUGCCCUUCCUCUUCCCGUCUGCUAGCGAAGGUGCUGAUUCGUCAUCUUCAAACCAUGCGUCUUCUGAGCCAAAAGGCCGUCGGAAGUACAAUGCUAAGGGUCAGGAGGUAGAGGACGAGGUGAAGUCCUCUAAGGACAAGCCCCGCGACUGGUCGAAGAUGUCUAAACGCCCGGUAACGAUAUCGGGCUCUACAGGAACUGUGUUUAAGCCGCAGAAAGAGCAUAAGAAGGAUCACGUCAAGCCAGCGAAGAUGUUGAUACACGAGAACGCGAAGGUUGGCACGGAUCUUAGGGCGGAGCGGUCCGCCUUACGUGCUGAGGUUUCGGCCGCUGCUCCUCCCAAGCCUUCCGUGUUCCUCAAGCCUUCCGGAGUGGAUGACCCAGCACAUGUACCAAGCGCUCCUACGCCAUCCGCUAGUUCGAACGGACAGGGCCACGUACACUCUCAAGGCAAGGCGAACAAGGGCACGGCUAAACGGUCGCUUGACCGGGAUGACGAGUCUCUGGAAGGUGAAGGGCGUUUGCAAGCUGAUAAGAAAAAGCGCAGGAAGAAGAAGAACUCUUCAUAG